AUGGCUAACGACGAGUAUGAUGUAUUGGUGCUUAUUGGAGACUCCGGUGUUGGAAAGUCCAACCUUUUGAGUCGUUUCACCCGCAAUGAGUUCAACCUGGACUCUAAGUCAACCAUCGGCGUGGAGUUCGCAACCCGUUCUAUUCAGGUCGAUUCUAAGACGAUCAAGGCGCAGAUCUGGGAUACUGCUGGCCAGGAGCGUUACCGCGCCAUUACCUCUGCCUACUAUCGUGGUGCCGUCGGCGCCCUUCUUGUUUACGACAUCAGCAAGCAUCAAACCUACGACAACGUUAACCGGUGGUUGAAAGAGCUCAGGGACCACGCAGAUUCCAAUAUUGUCAUCAUGCUUGUGGGAAAUAAGAGCGAUUUGAGACACCUGCGCGCUGUCCCAACCGAAGAAGCUAAGCAGUUUGCCAGCGAGAACAACCUCUCCUUCAUCGAGACAUCUGCCCUUGACGCGAGCAACGUCGAGCUGGCUUUCCAGAACAUCCUCACAGAAAUCUACCGGAUUGUCUCCAGCAAGGCUUUUGAGAAUGGCGACUCGGGCCAGGCCGGUCUUGGCGACCGUCGUCCGGUGGUGGAUAUCAACCCUUCGCAGGACCCUGAGACGAAGCAGGGUUGCUGUUAGAUGAUUUCUUACUGUUAGGGGAUGACACGCCUACCGCAACGAUUUUUAUUUUAUUCUGUGAUGUGAUAAUCGAAUGGUCUUGAUCUUUCUUUUUGUCUGUUACUUAGCCUCCGCGGAGAUGAUACACAAGAGGAACGUUGGGAACGGCAUCCAGGGACACGGUCAUUGUAUGGUGAUGCUUGUGGGACAUCACAUCCUAGACAUCAUUCUGUUGAUUUUCCUCCCCUUCCCUUUCUUAUCCUUUGUCUGGUUCCUUCUUACCCCUUUAUGGAAUUAACAGUUUCCUAUUCUCUGUCUUCUACGGACAUGUCUUCGCCUUGGCACGCUUCUUUGGCCUUCUCUGAAUUUUUUUACACAUCCCAUGUACCCUUCCCACACUCUGGUCAAUUAUCGAAACGAAGUUUGGGUUUGUUCUUG